AUUGAUAUUAUCUGCAAACGUGAUUGCACGAUUUUUACAAUUAAAAUUAAGGUUUAUUGAAUUUAUUAGGAUCAAGUUUAGAUUUCAAAUUAUUUAUAUUUUUCUAUUGGUUGUCAUAAUGCUAAGUAAUCUAUCAUUUCCCAAACUCAUUUCAACAGUUGGGACAUUAUUACUUCGUAACAGUGUUCGUCAUGCGUCAAAAAAAUCUGGUACAAGUACAGCAAAUGUUGGUGGCCGAGUUCGUCCUAAACAUAGAGGUAUCAGGUAUAACGAUGGCCGCGAAGUCCAGGCUGGCACCAUGUUAGUGUUGCAGAGGGAACUGAGAUUUCAUCCAGGUCUUCAUGUUGGUUUUGGGCGCAACGGCACAUUGUUUGCUUUGGAACAAGGUAAAGUAGUUGUUUCAUGCGAAAAAAUGGAUCCAAAUUGGAAUCACACUUGGGUUCAAAGAUUUUAUGGCCACCGUAAAGGACAGACAAUUUACAAAAAAUUCUUUAAUAUUAUACCAAAACCACAACAUAAUCGGUUUAAACUUGUUGAAUCUAUUUAAGCUGUUGUUAACAUUAAGAUUUUAGCCUGUGAAACCUAUUACUGUAAUUUUUUUGUAGAAAUUUUUUAAAUCAUAUUUACAUGAAAUAAAGAUAUUAUAAUUAUUUAAUA